GAUGGUGGGCGGCAUGAGGAACGUUAGGUCGCGGUACGCCCGACCGAGGGAGGAGCCUCAGGAGCAGCCUGAGGGGUCGGGGAGCAGGUCUAGGAGCCGGUCGAGGCGGACCUCGAGCAGGAGGACCAGGAGCGUUAGCAGUCUUCAGGGGGAGACACCCGCAGUGCAGCAGCAGGAGACGCCCACCUGGGAGCAGGAGGAGCAGGAGGAGACGGCCACCGGGGCGCACGAGGAGCAGGAGGAGGACGAGGACGAGGACGAUGGGGCCCCGCCAGAUAUUUGGCAACGAGGUCCCAAUCAGCUUCCCAAUCGACCGAUAUUCAUCGACCAUCGCCCAUUGAUUCGGCCACGAGGGCAAAAGUCCUUUAAGGUACUAGUAGCGGGAGUUGCUCACCAACGACACCCCAGUACCAUCCUUGGUGGCUUGUGCAGGUUGCACUUCCCUGGCGUGGUCACUCUUGCGGGGGCUCCGGAGCCGGCGUGGACAUUUCAGCACUACGGAGGCGCACCGGAUACCACAGAUGUACUUGGCAGGAACUUUGGCAACAAGGCCUUGAGGGUGAUCAAGGAGAUGUGGGAUUUCUUUAGAGUGGAGCCCGAAUAUGAGGAAGAAGCCAAUCACAUUUUUGGAACAAAAUGUGUCAAGAGCAUCAAGGACAUGUACUACGAGGCGCGCAUCCAGGCAAUCAUAAAUUACAAGGCCCAGUACGAGCACGUGAAGAUACACAAAGAUGUUGCAAGGGACACUACACUGACCAAGGAACAGUUCAUGCUUGUGCCACCAUGUUGGGUGGAGGGCAAAGGGAUGUGCUGGGAAAUGAUGGUGGACUGGUGGUGCAGCCAGGAAUGGCGGGACCAGCACGACGCUGCCCGCGUGCGACGUAGAAAGAUGCCAGGUCCAUCACACCAUCAAGGGAGCCUUACCCUCGAGGAAUACAAAGAAAGAUAUGUAAGUAUGAGGAUUUAUUGA